CUGUGCAUCGCGUGGACGCGUUUUAGUUUAGUCUCUUUUAGUCGUCUCCAGUCUUCUUAUACGUUUGCAUCGAACGAGUGUUGUUGACCCAAUAAUAUUAACUGUAGUUUAAUUGUUUGUAGUUGUACAGGUGACCACAAAUCCCCGGAUAAAUUAAAAAGCGAGAUAAUUUUUGCGCAUUGAUCAGUUGCAGUUGUUUAAAAAAUUGGCGCCCCAAGUAUAAUAAAUCGAAAAUAGAAUAGCUAUAUCAUACAUACAAAUAAUUUUCACCGUAAUUUGUAAAGCCAUCCGAAGAUGACCGCCGCGUAUGACAACGAUUCGAUUUCUUAUCGCAAACAAGAGAUGCAGAAUGAAAAAAAUAAUUCCGAUAUACCGGUUGAUUUUACUUCCCGGAAAAUUGCGGCAAUAAAUUUGCAGGGUGAAUUGGUCACCGAAUAUAAUGAGGAAAAUAGGGCGACUAAUAUGCGUGAAAAUCGUGGAGAUGGGGAUCAAAAUAAAAAUGAUGAAAUACUUGAUUCGGAUUCUUUGGUGGAAUCUGAAACUGUAAAUUCGUCGAUUCCCGUCCGAUGUUGCGUCGACGUGGUAAAUAAGGUGGUGGUAAACGGAGCCGAUGGAAAUUGCACAACUCUGAAAGAAGGGAACUCGGUGGAAACGUGUUUCAUGCUUCGUAAGCAAAAAAAAGUAGCGGAGAUUAUUCAUUCAGACGCUAAGGACACCUUCUCGUGCCUUUCGAAUACACAAACUUCAACUACUUCCGGAGCUUCCGGCAGAGACACAGAUCAAAAACUGGAAGAAGAUAAUGUUAUUGAAAAAAACUCAUCAACGGCAGCGAUAGCGGAUCGUUCCAAACUUCAAUCAUCAUCUAAUUUGGAAGCCAACGUUUGCAAAGAAAAAUCCGGCUUCAAUUACAAUAAUCAUACGGAUGAAAAUAAAAGCGUGGCACCCACGACGAUUUUCAAAGAACUUGUCAGCGAAGGAGUAUCAUCUGUCAAUUCAGAUUCUCAACAAAAUCUGGUAAAAACUAUGCCAACGUACGAUUCUGAAAAUUCAUUUGCAUCGUCGGUCAGCAUUCCAAACUUCCCAGAUUCAAAAGCCCAUCAAAAUUCCUCCCGACUGAAAUCAAAUCCGAUUUCUUCCGAAGUUCCGGACGUUGAUGUCUUCGAGGCCAAGAGGAGGAAUUCCGAAUCUUCAAAUGAAGAAUUUAAUGAAGAGUACGAUCCAGAAUGCGAGAUGAGUUUUCAUGAGGCAGUUCGUGCGGGAGAUGCGAAGAGCGUUGAAAUUCUCAGCGGCGUUGUUCAAAAUAUUGACGAACCGGAUUGGAACGUUUCGGGGGAUCCGCCGCUUCUUGUGGCGGCAACAAAUCACAGUCUGCCAGUUCUCAGAGCUUUACUCUCAAACGGAUGUGAUCCUGGAGUCCGUUCUCCGCGUGGUGAGACCGCAUUACAUCGUGCGAUAAUAAACGGAAGUCCAUCUAGUGUCUUCGAAAUAGUAGAAGAGCUCCUGAAGUAUGGCUGUCCAUCGACCGUAAAAGAAGCUGGGGGAGGUUUGACGGCAUUACACAUGUUGACUCGACAACUGGCACAUGCACAAAGUUCAAAAAGUCUGCAACACAAUUUUGAUAUAGCUCUAAAUACUCUAAGUUUACUAUCAAAAGUUGGACCGAUUGAUGCGAAAGACCAUCAUGGCCGCAGUGCGUUACAUCUUUUAGCGUCAUCGUCCACUUUUGGAAAUAGUCACAAAGUAGAAGUCGACCCAAUGAUAAGAACGCUUUUAGAGGCGGGAGCAGAUCCUGCUCUGCAAAAUGAUCGUGGUGAAACUCCUCUCCAUGAGGCCUUAGAAUGCGGUGCACUCAGUACAGCAUUUCUUCUGAUACCUCAUACUCCGGUCGGCAUUACCUCUAGGUAUGGCGAAACACCUUUGCACAUAGCAGCUAGGAAAAAUCAGUCCGAAGUAGUAGAUAGUCUUCUUAAACGUGGCGAGGAUCCAAGCUUUCAAGAUGCCGGAGGAAAUACGCCCCUGCAUCUAGCCUCAGCAAGAGGUUUUCACCACACCAUUUCUUUGUUAGUUACUUCGCCGUUAGCACAGUUGGAAAAAACUAAUGACGAUGGUUUAACAUCGCUACAGGUAGCUGCGGAAAGUGGCUUUGUAAAUGCUGUAAGACUCUUAUUAAAGGCGGGAGCUGAUCCGAGUCAAAGUGCACAUUGCUGCCUGACCACUUCACAUCGUCAUCCCGAUAUUUCUACAUUAAUUAACCACGAGCUGACAAGACGUCGUCAGCUUGCGGCUUGACAAAUGUCUCACAGUUCACAAAUUUUUUUAUCGGACAAUUCCGUAAUUUUUGUACUCCUCAGUCUCACGUCUUUGAAAUUUGAUCGAACUAUUGUGAUAUUAUAGUUAUUGGGUCUUUUAACGAGCCAAAAAUGGAUGGUCAGUGAUACUUGAACUCCAAACUGCAUCAGCUAUUGGCUUAUUCAAUCAGAAAAUCUCAACGAGAUUGUUCCCACAUCGAAACGAUUCGCUAGAAUAACACUUUUGGUGUACAAUUAUCUCAAUAUGAUUUUUGAGUAUUAAUUGCAACUGUUAUUUUUUGGAAUAGUUCGUAAAGUAAUGUAUAUCAAAUGUAGCUAACUCUGUUAAUGUUUUCAAAUAAAUAUUCUUUCUUAAACUAAACAAGUUUUUGUUUUUCGUUAAGUUGAUUGUUGUUAAUUUCAAACUUUAAUCUUUUGAAUGUCUUAACAGCUGUGAUUUGACAAUGUAGUUUGUGCAGAAGCAGUCAGUAUGAAAUCGAUAACAUCCUAUCAACCAAUGUUGAACUUUCGUUCGAAGGGAUAAGGACUGUUGAGUUUUCAAGUGAUCAGAACCAGAUUUUGUACAACAUUUUCAUAUAUUCCAUGUGGUAUGAUUUCAAAAUGAGGCACAAAUCAACGAAAUGAGAUGUGCUUCUUUGGUUGUUUAUGUACAAUUAUUUAUAAAAUAAUUCUAUAAGCUACAGUUUAUUAAAAUAUGCAUUGAUGUUAGAUAUAUUGUGAUGGAUUCAUAAAAAUACGAGAUAAGCGGUACGAUGUUGAUUCCGGUACAUGAAUAGUUGUUGCUUCCGAAUAUGAAUUUACAUGGUAUUAUGUCAGUAGUUCACCGUCUGUGAUAUUGAAUAGUCAGUGAAUUCUAAAAACCAAAAAUUAUUCUAUAAAAAAAUUUUAUAUUCGAUGUCAAUUAAUUGUCAAUGAAUGCUCGGGUAUUGCUACCUCUGGGACAAAUCUUAAGAUUAACCGACUUCUAGUUCUACUCGCAAAUCAGUGUGUCUCAAUUUUAUUUUUACAAAUCCAUGAAUUACUGAUGUACAUUAUACCUGCUAUCUGUUUUAGGUCAUAUCUCAACUGCGAAUAUCAAAUGGACUCAACACUAAAUUGAACAUUUUCUACGUAUUGAUGGUUUUGUCAUUUGUUAGAUUGGCGGAAUGUUGAAUGAGGAUUAUAUUGUAAUAGAAUUGUUCAUGAAGCAAGGCGAAUUUUUUCCGAAAUUUUUUUCAAAUAUAGAAAUUAUAAUUGUUGGUCGAAUUUAUUCAAUCAGUUUCGCUCCAUUACUUAAAAUUCGUUGGCAGUUGAAAUUUGUCCUCCAUUCUGACUAUCUAGUAAUAUAGAUCUAAUAUCUAAUUCUGCAUACAUAUAAUAUAUUUAUUAUCUCAAUAAAAAAUCAGUUCGAUGUACAUCCCUAUAGCAAAUAUGGUUGUGUCAUUGUAGCUGAAAAAUGGA